AUUUUUGGGGAAAUGGCAGUUGACAUGUUGGAAAUUGGAGUUAAAAUGAGAAAAGGUGUGAUCUUUACAAUCAGAGUCUCUUUUAGAUCAGUUUGCAAUCACCCAUUCCUAGUGGGCUUCCUAUGUUUCUUGAUAUUACUGUACAGAUCAUCCCCUUUCAUCUUCUCACUAUUGGUAUCUACUUCCCCUAUCCUCAUAUGCACUGCUGUUUUACUUGGAGUUUUAUUGAGUUAUGGGGAGCCUAACAUACCCGAAAUCGAAAUCGAGGAGAAAAAAACAUCUCCCAUUGAGGAGAUCGAGGGUCGUUUUCUGGAGAGGUUGGAGGGUGAUUUGGAUGAUGAUGCCACACCGUUGAUCGACGAACGAUCGCGCGUAUUGGAAUCAAAUGUUGGCGAAAUUUGGCAUGAAAACAGAGAUUCGAGUGAGAGAGUUAAGAUUGAAGAAGUUCUUGAAUCGGACGAUGAGAAAUUGGAAUCAAACGUUAACGGAAUUUGGCAUGAAAAUGGAGAUUCGAGCGAGAGAGUUAAGAUCGAAGAAGUUCUCGAAUCGGAUGAUGAGAAAUCAUCGGAGGCCGACUCGUUCGACUCCGAGAAGGUGAAUGUCGACUCGCUCGACUCCCCUCCUCGUUCUCCAUGGACAAGAAUCGAGGAUCGUGAAGAAGAAGAAGUUGAUGAUAUUCUACAUGAGCUAAAAGUAAAACAAGAAAAAGAAGAAGAUGAUUAUAAUGAUAAUGAUGAUGAUGAACGGGUCGAAAGUUCCGAUUCCGGUUCGGACUGCGCCGAGAGCUCGUCCCCCGACGCAUCAAUGGCCGACAUACUCCCGAUGCUCGACGAACUCCACCCGCUACUUGACGAGGACGCCCCCCAACCGGUGGAUGACGUGGCAUCCUCGGAUAAGUCGAGCGUUCGGAGCCACAACUCGGAUGAUGAAUCCGAGACCCACGACGAGGCGCGAGAGGAGGAGAUCGAAGGAGGUUCUAAUUCGGCCAUCACGUGGACCGAAGAAGACCAAAAGAACCUCAUGGACCUUGGAAGUUCCGAAAUCGAGCGUAAUCAACGGCUCGAGAAUUUGAUCCUUAGGAGACGAGCCCGGAAGAGCGUUGAAAGGAACCUAAUCGACUUAGAAGGCAUCGAUUACCCGUUUGGUCUCACUCCCAUCUUGACCCGGAGGCAGAACAACCCGUUUGACCUCCCUCACGAUGAUUCUUACGAAGAUUUGGGCUUGCCGCCAAUUCCGGGCUCGGCCCCUUCAGUCUUGAUCCAGAGGCGAAACCCGUUUGACAUCCCUUACGACCCGAAUGAGGAGAAGCCGAACCUAAUGGGAGAUGGGUUCAAGGAGGAGUUUUCGGUUUUCAGGAGGCACGAGAUCUUUAAUAAUGUGGGGCCUUCGGUUUUCGGGCCCGGGAGAAGGGAUGCGAGGAUGAGGCCGUAUUUUGUGCCCGUGGGCACAAUUUCGGAGGAGUCGCCUUCCUCUUCUUUGUUCAGGCGGCAGUCGAGCGGGCUUAGCGAGUCGAAGGUUAGUUCGGCUCCCGAGACUGAGUCGAUUGUUUCGGUUGAGGAUUUGGAAGACAAGAAGCUGUCGGUCGAGCAAGAGAUGGAGGAAGCUUUCGAGGGCCCACCAGGAGACCAAGAGCUGAUUUCCCAUCAAGAAAAAGAAGAUGAAGAAGAAGAAGAAAAUCGAGAAUUGGAACCAAUAUCCGAGAUUGUGAAUGUUUUGGAGCAUGUGGGACAUCAAGAAAAAGAAGAUGAUGAUGAAGAAGAAGAAGAUCGAGAAUUGGAACCAAUAUCGGAGAUUGUGAAUGUUUCGGAGCAUGUGGGACAUCAAGAAGAAGAAGAUGAUGAAGAAGAAGAAAAUCGAGAAUUGGAACCAAUAUCCGAGAUUGUGAAUGUUUCGGAGCAUGUGGGACAUGGGAGUCAAUCUUCGGAUGACGAAGAAUCUUUGGAGUUAGACCAAGUUGAAAGGAGAGAUCUUGAAGAAGAUCAAUUACGAGAUGUUGCAGAUCAUUUUGGACCAGAGAGUGUAACUGUCCAAGCUACAGAGUAUAAUUCGAACUAUGAAGGUGGUGAACAGGCGUACAGAAGGGAAUCGAGCUCAUCCUCACUUUCGGAAGUGAGUGAAAGAGUUUUCACGGAAAUAGAAAGUGGGAAUACAUAUGGUGUUGCUCAAGAGCCCGGCAUUUUGAACCAGACUUCUAUAGAAAGUACUAAUUCGGGUAAUUUGCUUGUUGAUGUCCCUCAAAGGGUUCCUGUUUACGAUUUGAGCCCUCGACACAUUGAACAUAAUAUUGAGAUAUUGCCUGAAACUGUUGAUUCUAGAGAGAACAACAAUGUGAGCACUGAUUUUUCGGAAGUUGGAAAGGAAUCUGAUAAAAUAGAAAGUUCCUCGGUUGAUCCCGGUUUUAUACCUGAGAUUCCUAUUUCUUUGAAAUCGGGUGUCGAAACUUUUGUGGAGGAAAAUCUUGUUGAGGAACAUGGUUUAAGGGAAGUCUCUGGUUCAAGAGGCGAAGAAUGUAUUCGCGACGUGGAUGAAGAAUCUUCAAAAGAACGAUUUGAGGUUAGGGGGCGAUUUUCUGAGGGUCUGAUGAGAGACGAACAUGCGAUGGGCAAUGAAGAAGAUAGAGGGACUGUUCAAUCACAAGAGUCUGAUGCAGAUGCUUAUGAAAGAGCUGAUGAGAAGUCGAUGCCUUCGGUUGAGGGAAAUUCUUAUCCGUUUGAUGUUGCAAGAGAAAUGCACGUACCACAUUCUGGGCAUCUCGAUGAAGUGCGGGAACUAAGUGUCCUAGUCGAGUCAUCUGAGGAUGUUCAAUUAAUAACUGAAGAAGUGGAUGAUAUUAAAGACAUUGACGAGGAAUUGUUGUCCGAGUUGGAUAAUGUUGGGGACUUUAGUGUCAACCAAUGGGGACCCGGCUCAGGCGAGAUCGAAAAACGCAUAGAUUAUUAUUCCGUUGAAGAAAUUUUCGAGCAAGACAUCCAAAUUAGCAACACAAGAGGUGCUGCUGACAUUGACUUGGACGAAAGUGAUAAAAUCGAAGAUGAGGCGGCACAUUUGGAGAAAUCGAAGGAGGAGGUCGUUGAUAUUCAUGAACAGGAAGUGGAAGCUAAAAUAGGAAGUGUCGAUCAUUUUGCUUCUCUCGAGCGGGAAGAUAAUUUAUCUGGAAUACCUGAAACCGAAGUGCAGCCGGACGAAAAAAAUGUUUCGUUUUUGGUGAAAGAUGAGGUGGCAUUGGUUGAACUCGAGGCUACUAAAAUUGAGGAUAUUGACCUAGCAUUCAAAGAAGUCGUUACUUCCAAGGAACUCUACGAAAGUGAGCCUGUAGUUCAAGAAACACUAGCCGAGGAAAAAAUCGAGUCUUUUUCCAACAAAGCUGCCGAGUUGGCAUCUAUCGAAAAUGAGAUUACCUAUCAAGGUCAAGUUGAUAUGGAGACCACUUUUCAGAUGGAUGAGCUUGAAGCUCAUAAAAUCAAGAAUGAUGAUUUGGAAAUUAUAGAAAUCACUUCUUCGAAGGAACCACCACUUAAAGCCAAUCCAGUGUCUCAAGAAGCUCUACCCGACGAAAAAAUCGAGUCCUUUUCAAAUACAGCUGAGCUGGCAUCCGUGGAAAAUGAAAUCACCUAUCAAGAUGAAGUUGAUACAGAGACCAAGUCUGAAAUGAUUGAGCUCGAAGCUAGUAAAAUCGAAGACAUCGAUCUUGCUCUUAAAAAAACUAUUACUGGUACAAAACCAGUCGAGGAAGAGCCGGUAGUUCAAGAAACUCUGGCCGAUGAAAAAAUUGAUUCUUUUCCUAGCAAACUUGAGUUGGUUGAACUCGAAGCUAGUAAAAUUGAAGAUAUUAAUAUGGCAAUCAAAGAAAUCACUUCUAAGGAUUCACCCAAAGCUGAGCUGGCACUUAAAGAAACUCUAGCCGAGCAUUCCAAGAAAGAUGCACUGAAUGAAAGUUCAAGUGAGACAGAGCUCACUCACAAUACAUUGGCUGUUGAAGUUAGACAAGUCGAGAAAGAUAAUAAUUUGGUUUCAAACCAAUCACUUUCUGAUCCGGUUGAUUGCGCUCAGAAAACUUCUUCUGAAAUGAUUGUACUUUCAGAGGGUACUACUUCUUUGCCUCUGGCUGAUGAAGUGCUAGGUAAAUCGCUCGAACAUGAUGAAUCAAUUGGAGUUGAGGCAAACAAGGUGGGUCCAGCUGUGAUAGAUUCGAGUGUGCAAGAAAUUAGUGUGGAAGUUGAAAAGCCAGAUGACCAAGAUGAAGCACCGAAGGGAAAAAUCUCUCGAAGCUCAAGUUCAAGCUCCAGCUCUAGCUCGGAGUCUAGUUCAAGUGAUUCUGAGAAGGAAUGAGGAUCGGAGAUUGAGAUAAUGACGUGUUUGGCGUGUUACAUUAUUGGUUUUUGGAUUUUCGUUCGGUUUUCUUUGUUAACUGACGAGAUGGUCGGUUUCUUCAAGAAUGAGUUGUUUUGAUUUGAUUUCUUGAAGUUUUUGAGGUUUGACAUUUUAUUUUAUUUUUUUUCCUUUUAGGUUUGGUUGUGAGAUGAGUAUUGAGUCUUGGUGAAAGUUGCAAGCUUGAUAUUGAGUGUUCUGUAAAAUAUGUGCAUAACUUUGAGUUUGUUGUUGAUUGGUAUGCCCUGAUACUGUAUUUCACGGUUAUACUAUGAAAUGAGUGUUUUUCUUUUUGUUUGGGGACAAAUUUUCUGUAAGACUUCAUGUAUUUCUACAUAUGUUAGUGCUUUUCUCAAUUUGAAAAUGUUUGUUACAUGAAAAAUAUAUUAG